CGUUUCCCAUUUUUUCUAAUUCUUUCGUUCUUGUUCUUCUCUUUUCGGAAUGCAAAUUUGUUCACGGAAUUUCUUUGCUUUUCAGUUUCAGAUUUUCCCCUUUAUUCAUCAAUUUCUUUUCCCUGAUUCUCUUCAACUCUCUGUUUGAAUCUCUCUCAUGGGUGAUUAGAACAACGCUUCUUUUCUCUGAUUCGUUUUCUAGGGUUUUCUGAAAUUUCCCAUCAAAUUUGCUUCCAUUUCUGUUCUUGAGCUUCUGGGUUUUUCCCCCGAUGACAUAUUAUGAGACGGAUAACGGCGGAAAAGGAGAAAUGGUGGCGGAGAGUAUCACGGUGGGGAUUGGAUGUGACGAUGACAACGGCGACUAUGUUGGGUUGAGGCAGAGCCCUUGUGAUUGUGAAGGGGGUGAUUCUCAGCCUCGUUCUCUAGGAAGGUCUUUGUGGCUAUGGGCUCGGUCGGUGGUGGUGUUCAUUUUCUUGGUCUCAUUAGCUGCUGUUUUUUUCACAUGGGUUGGACCAUUUUUCAUGAAUAAGGAAAUAAUACCGGUUAUAAACUGGGAAGCUGAAACGUUUAGUCCUCCGGUUCUGGCAGUUUUCGUUUUCGCCUCGGUAGCACUGUUCCCUUCAUUACUUUUACCAUCUUCACCAUCUAUGUGGCUGGCAGGGAUGACUUUUGGUUAUGGCUUUGGGUUCCUGCUAAUUAUAUCAGCAAUAACUAUUGGUGUAUCACUUCCAUAUUUCAUUGGCUCCUUAUUCUAUCAUAAAAUUCAAGGAUGGUUAGAAAAAUAUCCUAAGAGAGCUUCUGUUUUAAGAUUAGCAGGCGAAGGAGACUGCGUUCAUCAGUUUCGGGCAGUAGCGCUUAUUCGGAUUUCUCCGUUUCCUUAUAUUUUAUAUAAUUAUUGUGCUGUAGCAACCAACGUCAGAUUCGGUCCUUACAUCUUGGGGUCGCUGGUCGGAAUGGUGCCAGAAAUAUUUGUUACAAUAUACACUGGCAUUUUAAUCAAGACAUUGGCAGAUGCUUCACAAUCUCAGCAGUUCCUGUCGGCCCCUCAGAUUGUGUUUACCGUUGUUGGGUUCUGCGUUACGGCAGCUACAACAGUUUACUUCACUGUAUAUGCAAAAAGGAAACUGAAGGAAUUGCAGACAGAAGAUGAGCAAUUAUUGCAGUAGUGAAGUAGCUUAUUCAAGUACAUAGAGCCACUGGGCAAUGGUGACAUCGAUGGAACAGCUUCAUAUCCAUGUCCGGUUUCACAGAAACAAAGAACAGUGCAAAUAUCCGACACUAAACAUCAUAAAUCAACGACAAAACUCACACCAAAAGCAUCAAACGGAAUGAAACAAGUAUGUUGUGUUUUAUCACUUUGUCUGCUUUCAAAUCUCAAUUGUAAUGAAGUAUUGGAUUGGAUUUCGGCAAAUGCUGGGGGCUGUAUAUGAAAUCUUAGUGUUGUUUGCUGAUGAUGGUAUAUAAUAUUCAUUCUUCUUCUGCUGA